UAAAACGAUAUCACUGGUAUUGACAACCAUACGUGAGUUCUACUGAAUUACCUUUAGAACAAGACCGUGGCAAUAUCGUAGCGUGAGUUUUACGCUGGAAACAGGCAGAACGAUAUCACUGGUAUUGACAACCAAACGGGCAGGCGGUCCUCUCCUGAACACGUGUUAUCAAAUUCCUGCACCACCUCCAGUCCAACAACAAUCAUCACCACCACCGUACAACCCCAAUCCAACGGUUGGCAGACCUGUAACACGCAGUCAAACCCGGCUGGGAGACCAGGGAGGUGCAGACGUCAAAUCAUGCUCACCCCUCAACCCAUUCAAAGCUGACCCCACAGCCCAGUCCACCCCGGACUCUGCAUGGUCAAUCCACGACCCAUCCUCCUGGAGGGGCACAGCCGGAAGAAUUGUGGAUUUUCUUAGUCCUAACACCACCAUGGACAGUAAACUGGAUGGGUCUUAUAUUCAAGCCCCCAUGAUUCAAGUUCUACAGCCACAGGAUGGACUACCUGGGCUCGUAUUCAGGCCCUGGACCUCCGCGGACAUUCAACAAGCUGCCUCCCAUCUGCCCAACAUAAAAAAUGGCGUGGCUUUUGGAAAAGAGUUCCUGACGUUUUGCAAAGAAUUCAUGCCCACCGGAGCUGAGGUCCACCGCCUGCUGGUCAAACAUGUGGGCCCAAGUGACUUCAGCAAAAUCAGAGCAGUGGUCACUGGUGCCGGCUGCGACUCCCACCAAGUGCACCGCGACUGGAGCAAUGAGGCAAACCUCAACUACAGAACAUUCAUAACAGCCAUCUGUGAUGCUGUGGUUGCGGCCUUCCCAGCGGCUGUCAACAUGGCACUCAUCAACAGCACAAAACAAGGUAAAGCCGAAGAUGUGACAUUUUACUAUCAGCGUCUUGUGGCUGCUUUUCAGAUUCACAGCGGCCUCGAGGAGCCCACGGACCUAACCAACAUGACCGUGUGGGAAACACAUCUCAAGAACGCCUUCAUGAACGGGCUUCUGCCCGACGUCAAAACUGCCACAGAACACUCUGUCGUGGGUCUGGAAGAUGCAAGGCUCACAGAAGUGGUAAAACAUGCACGGCACAAUUAUAAAAUGUAUGUGGAAAAUCAAAUGUGUCAAGACAAACGCAGCAAGCAGACUGGGGAGAGAGCCCAACUCGCGAUGCUCCAAGCCGUAAAACAGAUGACACUGGGUGCAGAAGGAGGACGAGACACCCACCCAUCCGGAAAUUCUUAUGGGAGGGGCCAACAGAGAGGACGAGGCUGGGGAAUGGAUCGUGGAAGAAGAGGGCGUUUCCAAGGAGGAGCACCACGAGAUAUGCAGCCUGACGAAUGCUUCCUCUGUGGACAAACAGACCAUUGGUACAAAGACUGCCCCUACCGUUCUAACCAGGCACGUCAGCCACGUGGGCGACAGCGCCACCCCGGGACUGACAGAGGUGGUCAACAAUUCGGCACUUCAGACUGACGGUGUGUGUGUGAGGGAGAUUGCACGUGUGAAGGGAUGACGACUGCUGCCUCUCCAAAACAGGAAAGUAGAAGACAACACACACAAACACAAUGCUGCAAUGAAGAUCUGCUUCCUCGCACGCACACCCACAUAAACACACACACACAAUGCUGCAAUGAAGAUCUGCUUCCUCGCACGCACACUGCAGAACAACAUGCUGUUUUGCUCAGCAUCAUUUCUCACUUAGAGCAACAGCAACGGAAUACAUCCACACCACCACCACUCACGUAUGCUAUGUUUUCAUCAGAUGCAUACAAAGAUAUGCCAACUACAAAAGUAAUUGUGGAAGGGAAAGAAUUGACGUUUUUAGUAGACUCCGGGGCUACUCAUUCAGUAAUUAAAAAAAAAACAUUUUCCAAAUCAAAAAAUGAGUGGGCGGUAUGUAUAUUCUCAAGGGGCUUCAGGUUUGACUGUGACAGAAAAAUUUACUACACCUAUGACGAGUGUACACUCUGACGAGACUGACCUAAAACCUGACAUAAAAGUAAAACAUUCUUUUUUACUCUCUUCACUUUGUCCCGUAAAUCUGAUGGGCAGAGACUUGAUGUGUACCUAUGGUAUUUGUUUGACGUCAUCUCCAGACGGCCUUAAAGUGGUUAGGCGUAGAGCCGCACUCCAAAUGAUGCAAAAGGCUCCCUCUAAUCCUCUUUUUGUGUAUCAGUGGUGGAUCCCGAUCGAUGACGCUCGGAGGCUAAGCCAGGCUGGUGAAGCACGGGUUUCUCCUCAUGCAGACCGUAUGAACCCUGAACACCUGCAUUGCACAACAUAUGUGUCAGAGGGUCCAGACGACUCUUUUGAAGAGACAUUUUUUGAGACCCUCAGUGAUGCAAUUGCCUGUUCUACUUUGUACUGGUCAACUUGUAAAUCUGCUGUGUCUAUUUCUCUGUCUUCCACGCAGAAAGAGCUGUUUCAAGUUCCCGGCUCCUAUCCCCAUGUCUCACUGUCUAAAGGACGCCUUGACCAAUGGAGGGAUUUGGGACCAUUUGUGGCUCAGUGUGAAUCUCUCACUGACUGGGAGGAGACAAUCGAUCCGCUUGUUCUGCGCUCCGCAUCUACAGGGUUUCACAGAACUCACUGUGUACUUCUCACACCAGCUUGUCGAUCUGUCUAUGUGUUUUAUGAGCACAACGACAAAGUUGAAACAUUUUUAACAAAUCCCACAUCGAUUUCUCCCGCUCUUGCUUCUGUUCCACAGACACUCUGGGCGGCACACAAAUAUGACGUAGGCUUGAUCAACAACUGCCAACCGGUCGUCAUCACUCCACGUUCUGACUUCCGCCCCCACAAACACCAGUACCCCCUGCGACAAGAGGCCAUUGACGGUAUCACACCUGUAUUCAAUUCGCUCCUGGAGGCAGGAGUGAUAGUUCCAUGUCCAGACUCACCGGUCAGGACGCCAAUAUUUCCAGUAAAAAAAAUCAGAGAUGCUGGCAAGCCUACAGAAUGGCGUUUCGUGCAGGACCUAAAAGCAGUAAAUGCGGCUGUUCAUGCACGGGCACCAAAUGUUCCUAAUCCUUACACAAUCCUAGCUCAGAUUCCUCCUGAAGCUAAAUGGUUUUCUGUUGUUGACCUGUCAAAUGCCUUUUUCAGCGUGCCAGUCGACAAAGACAGUCAAUUUUGGUUUGCAUUCAACUUCAACGGUAAGCCAUACACCUUCACUCGUUUGUGUCAAGGCUAUACCGAAUCACCCACAAUCUACAAUGAUGCGCUCAGAGAAAGCUUGGAGAGCUUAACGCUCUCUCCCGGCUCUGCACUUCUGCAGUAUGUUGACGACUGUUUAAUUGCAGCUCCUACUCAGACGCAGUGUCAGACAGACACGCUUAAACUACUCAAACAUUUAGCGAAGGAAGGCCACAAGGCCAGCCUUUCUAAAUUGCAAUUUGUGUCUCAAAAUGUGCGUUUCCUAGGUCAUGACAUAUCUGGAGAAGGAAAAACCCUCUCCCCAAAAAGAAUCGCCGCGAUCGCAUCAAUACCGAAACCCAACACCAAAAAACAAAUGAUGUCCUUUUUGGGCAUGUGCUCAUACUGUCGAUCAUUUAUUCCAAACUACUCACAAAUGGAACAACCGUUAUCAAACCUAAUCCAUGGAAAAAAAUCUUACAGCACACGACAAAAUAAUCUGGACUGAAGAGGGUCUUGCGGCCUUCACACAAAUGAAAUGUGCUUUGCAAACUCCUCCGACUCUUGGACUGCCGAAUCCGAAUAAGCCAUUUACUCAGACAGUAGAUGAAAGACAGGGCUGCAUGACUUCUGUGCUGCUACAACCCCAUGGUGAUAAACUCCGCCCGGUUGCGUAUUUCUCCGCAAAACUCGACCCUGUCGCUGCAGGACUGCCACAAUGUUUGCGCGCUGUGGCCGCGGCUGAAAGAGCGCUCACUGCCUCACGUGACAUAGUGGGUUACGCACCACUCACUCUGCUCGUUCCGCACGCGGUUUCUUUGAUUCUCCUCGAACAGAAAUCCUCUCACCUUUCUGCGGCUCGCUAUUUACGGUACCACACAUGUCUCCUCGACAUGCCGAAUGUCACAAUAAAACGUUGUACUAACCUUAACCCUGCAUCCUUACUUCCUAUUCCUGGGGAUGGGGAGGACCACAACUGUUUGGCUGAGCUCCAAGCUCAGUGCACUCCUCGUCCUGACCUAGUGGACACUCCACUAACUAACAGCGACAUGGUAAUGUAUGUGGAUGGAUCCGCCUCUCGCGAUCCUCAGUCUGGUGAAAAUUGUGUUGGUUUUGCUGUUGUUUCUGACUCUGGUGUGCUGUGUUCAGGUCCUCUGCCAUGUCACCUCUCAGCCCAGGCAGCUGAGCUCAUCGCUCUGACCGAAGCCUGUAAACUGGCUAAGGGUAAAACAGUCACAGUUCACACUGACUCUCGCUAUGCGUUUGGUGUAGUACAUGAUUUUGGGGCACUGUGGAGACACAGGAAUUUCCUUAAAUCGGACGGUAAGCCCAUCCUACAUCACACUCUCAUUGCUGAACUGUUGGAAUCCAUCUUGCUACCCACAGCUAUUGCUGUCUGUAAAUGUGCAGCCCACACGUCUAAUACAGAUGAUGUAUCACGGGGAAAUGCUCGAGCAGACUCGGCUGCAAAAGCUGCUGCUCUGCGCUCGCUCCCAGCUUCCGCUGUUUUCAUGUGCUCUGAGGUGUCAGUUCCCUCCUCUCUUACAGCGAUGCAGUCACUCUCCACCCCUGAUGAAAGACGGCUUUGGUCCAUAUCUGGCUGUAUUUACACCAACGGCCUCUGGACUGGACCCGAGGGCAAGCCGUGUUUACCUAAACAUUAUUUUGCCCAUUAUGCUAAGUUGACUCAUGGGUUAGACCAUGUGUCAAAAGGUGGAAUGUUACGUGCACUUAAUGAGACGUGGUUUACAAAAGGGUUCACAGCAUAUGCACAAAAAUUUUGUUCUGCAUGUGUCACCUGUUCUACUCACAAUGUAGGCAGGCCCGUGGGCGUGUCCAGCCAGGCUGCACACCCACCACCAACCCGCCCUUUUGAGCACAUUAUGAUGGAUUUUGUGGAGUUAUCUCCAUCUGAAGGUAAGAAACACUGUCUGGUGAUGGUAGACAUGUUUUCCAAGUGGGUUGAGGUUUUUCCAUCAAGCAAACAAACCGCUGCAACAGUGGCCAAGGCCCUGAUUUCUGAAAUCAUUCCUCGAUGGGGCAUUCCGGCUAAAAUAUCAAGCGACAAUGGUUCUCAUUUUGUCAACGAGGCCAUUACAGAAUUAAGUGCAUACCUAGGUAUUGAUUUAAAAACACACUGCGCAUACCAUCCAGCCAGUGGAGGGGCUGUGGAACGAGAAAAUGGCACACUCAAAACCAAAUUGGCAAAGUGCUGUGCAGACACAGGUCUGCCCUGGACAAAAGCCCUGCCUCUAGUGUUGAUGUACAUGCGUAUGAGAAAACGAACACGAAGCAACCUGAGUCCCUUCGAGAUAUUGUUUGGUUUUCCUCCUCACGUAGGAACCGAGGCACCGACGGCACCACUCCCUUCAACCGCGCUAUGUGAACAUGAAAUGUUAACAUAUUGUGCACAACUCUCUUCUGCUCUGUCUAACAUACGACAACAGGUUGCAGCCGCCCUCCCGAAACCAGCUGAAGGACCACUCCACAAACUGAAACCUGGUGACUUUGUGGUGGUGAAAGACUUCAGAAGAAAGAACUGGAAAGCACGACGCUGGCAGGGACCGUUCCAGAUUCUCCUUGUCACCCAAACAGCUGUCAAAGUAGCUGAAAGGGCAACUUGGAUCCACGCAUCCCAUUGCAAGAAGGUUCCAGAUCCAGUACCAGCAGUGGGCUCAAGCGACCCUACCCCCACAACAAGUGUCAAUCAACCGACACCACCGUUGCAGUGACCACGGACGGGUUCACAACGGGCAGUUGACCGACAGACACACAGUGCAUUGUGAUCUGUGUUGACUGUCUACAACGCGGAUGCCUCACAAGAAAGAAGGUUGGCAGACUCCACAUCCCAACGUGUACCUACGGACCAACACAAGAAGAAGAACACGACCAGGACCCCUCCACAUAGACACAGUAGUCGUUUGUGUCACUACGGUUUCAUUCGUAUUAUUGCUUGCUUCAGUCUCAUUGUAUCUUAGCAUCUUUUUGUGAUUUGUAAUCAGCUAUCUAAAGAGUGGUUCUCCUUAUCAUGGAACGGCAACGGCCAUGGAGCCCCCUUAGACGACUGGGGGGAACUCGUGUAACCAUGUGUUUAUUUGCAAGUGUCACUUUGUUUGUGUUAAUUCCAUAUUCUGGACAUGACUCUGACAAUGACCCCAACAGUGACUCUGACUCCCUGGUCGACCUCAACACUUACGACCUCGAUACAUACGCAUAGUGACAUUUUUAUAUUCUCAUGUUUCUGUGUUCAUUCCUUUUGUUUCAUAUUUGCUUGCUAAACGACCUGAGACUUGGUCUCACAAAAACAUAUUUUUGCAAUAUUAUGUGUGAUUAAAGAAUAAUCAAAAGAGUGGAAUGUAAUGGUAAAAUAUGUUAUAACAUAAUCUUAUGCCAAAAGAUUGAUUAUUGUCUGUAAUGAAGCAAUGUGAGAAGAAAAGGGAGACCCAAAAGUUGCCUUUUGCAGCUAUGUGAAGGAGGAUAGUCAAACUGGCCUUCACCCGAAUGCUCGAACAAAGGAACCCUGUUACUCCCAUCUUUGCCUUGAUUCUUUUCCUGCUUGAUUUGUAACUUUUCAUUUGUGUUAUCUCACAGGUGGUUUAGAGUUUCAGGCUUUAGUAGCUCUCGUGUCUGCAUACCACUAGAAAUGACCUUCAUGUGUGUGUAUAAGAACUCAGCAUUUUCACUGCUCGGAGACGCCAUCUCCACAGAGCACCGUGAUACGUGCCUGUGUAGUUGACCUCCUGCUUGCAAGCAAUAAAUGGACUUUCUGCAACUUUGA